CUUCAGGUCUAGAAAUUCGCCCGAAGCCAUGUUCUAACGACCUCGGAGAAAAAGGGACUUGUAUGUUUGUGUGGGACUGUAUCCAAACCGACGGAGUUCACUUGAACCACUGUUUAGAUGGAAUUUUAAUCGGCAGUUGUUGUGGUCAUAAUGACGUGGCUAAUACUGUGCCUGACUCUGUCAAUCAGGACAAACAAUCGAGCAUAACGACAGGUGUCAGCACUCCGUCCACCGUGACCUCAUCGGUGGUUACUAAAAAACCAUUUACAUCAAGUGUAAACACAUUUACAGUGCCAAGAGUCACCACAGCAGCCAACAGCCUUACAACAAUCAUCUCCACAACAACAACUACAAGAAAACCUUCAACCACCACCACAACGACUACAAGAAAACCUUCAACCACACCAAAAAGGACAUCAACACCAAGUAGUUUUCAAACAACAACUAGAAUAAUGACACGUCCUGGUAUAUCUAACAGAAAACCCCUUGACCCCUUUAAAG